GAUCCUGCGCAGAAACAAGCUGAGGUGGAUCCAAGAUGGGACGUUUUCCAGGCUGAACAGGCUGGUGGAGCUCGACCUGUCGUCCAACAGACUAGACCUGCUCCCCUCCUUCCUAUUUAAUGGCCUGGCUCAGCUCCAGCAGCUGAAUAUUUCCUACAACCCCUUAAGAGAGAUCUCCCCUGGCCAGUUUGAGAGCCUGCCCCAGCUACGGUCUCUGAGCUUGGAAGGGCUGGAGAUCCCCAACAUCCAGAACCUGACCUUCCAGAAGCUAGCCAACCUCUCCCACAUCUACUUCAAGAAGUUCCAGUACUGCAGCUACGCGCCCCACGUGCGCAGCUGCAAGCCCAACACCGACGGCAUCUCCUCCUUCGAGAACCUCCUUGCCAACAUCAUCCUGCGCGUCUUCGUCUGGGUCAUCGCCUGCCUCACCUGCUUCGGCAACCUCUUUGUCAUCUGCAUGCGCUCCUUCAUCGUCACGGAGAACAGCCAGCACACCAUGGCCAUCAAGUCCCUGUGCUGUGCAGAUGGCCUGAUGGGCAUCUACCUCUUCGUCAUCGGAGCCUUCGACCUCAAGUACUCGGGCGAAUACAACAAGCACGCCCAGGGCUGGAUGGGCAGCCUCCAGUGCCAGCUGGUGGGCAGCCUGUCCUCCGAGGUGUCAGUCCUGCUGCUGACCUACAUGACCCUGGAGAAAUACUUCUCCGUUGUUUUCCCGUUCAGCCACCACCGAGCUGGCAAGAAGCAGACAAUCUCGGUGCUGGCAGCCAUCUGGCUACUGGGCUUCUCCCUCAGCGUCGUCCCCCUGUGGUGCAAGGAAUCCUUCGGGAAUUACUACGGGAGGAAUGGGGUGUGCUUCCCACUGCAGUCCGAUGUGGGCGAGCAGCCCAGUGCCCGGGGCUACUCCACCACCAUCUACCUGGGCUUGAAUCUCGCAGCCUUCAUCACCAUCGUCUUUGCCUACUCCAGCAUGUUCUAUUCCAUUCACACCACUGCAUCAAAAACGGCGGAGAGAGGCGUCUGCUCCCGGGAAGUCGCCAUCGCAAAGCGGUUCUUCUUCAUCGUCUUCACUGAUGCUCUCUGCUGGAUCCCCAUCUUCCUCCUCAAGCUGCUCUCCCUGCUGCAGGUGGAAAUACCAGGCACCAUCACCUCUUGGGUGGUCAUCUUCAUCCUGCCCAUCAACAGCGCCUUGAACCCCAUCCUCUACACCAUCACCACCACCUCCUUCCAGGAGAAGGUGAAGGGCUGUUUGCAGACCAAGCAGCCGGAGCUGCUCAAGUCCCACAAGAGCGGGACCCUGGUGACACUGCAGGCCAACAGCGCUUGA